AUGAACAUAGCUCGUCACAAACUGAUCCACACGGGACUGAAGGUGUUCACCUGCGAUCUCUGCGAGUACAGCACCAACCAGAAGUCCAAUCUGGAGUGCCAUCGUCGUCGGCACGCGAGGGAUUACAGCUUCACGUGCGAGACGUGCGACAAGGGCUUCUUCCACAGGACCGAAUAUCUCGAGCACCGGAACGCGCACACGAGCAAGGGUCUGUAUCGUUGCGAGCACUGCUCCAAGCGUUACCUGUACAAGAAGAAUCUCUCGGUACACCUGAUGACGCAUCACACCGGCAAACAGGGUACCGGCGCUGUGCCCUGCGCGAGGAACGCGAAGACGAGACACGCCUGCAACUUCUGCCCGGAGAGAUUCGCGUACAAGAGACUGUUGAAGAGGCACAUGAGGAACGAGCACGGACUCCCGUCGGACACGCCGGCGAGGCAUCUGUGCGACUUGUGCGGCGCGAAAUUGUCGUCGAUGAAACGGCUGACGGUGCACAAACGUAAUCACGUCGGCGAGAAGGCGUUCGAGUGCGACACGUGCGACAAGAGGUUCGCCAGCAAAGAGAACCUGACCGUUCACAGGCGAACGCACACGGGCGACAAGCCGUACGUCUGUCCGCAGUGCGGCCGCGGUUUCACGCAGAGGACCUCCCUGGUUUUGCAUCUGCGAUAUCACUCGGGUGAAAGGCCUUAUCGGUGCUCGGAUUGCGGCAAGGGAUUUGUGUCUAACACUUUGCUGAAGAGGCAUCGCAAAGUGCACGAGAAAGCCGCGCGACCGAAACUGUGA